GUACUACCGGGACGUGAGCAAGAUGACGCCCAUCAGCGACCAAGACAUGGACGCCUACCUCGCGGAGCAGUCUCGCCUCCAUGCCAACGAGUUCAACACUCUCAGCGCGCUCAAUGAGCUUUAUUUCUACAUUAACAAGUACAGGGACGAGGUUCUCACGGCCCUGGAGCGAGACUCCUACGCCCGUAAACACCGGCUACGGCAGAAACUUGAGCAGACCAUCAACCUCAUGGUGGGCACCAGUUGAAGACUGCCCACAGCCCGGGACUCAUGGAA